UAGCGUAUUCGUUAAGCAGACAAGGGGUUCGUAUCCUAUAUAAGCCCGCCAACAUCCAAGUUCCCAGAGUUCUUCAGUACAAACAAGAAUCUUCUCCAUUCUUCAUCCUCGAUCGUUGUGUCUAAAACCACUGGAAAAUGCCGGAAGAUUACUACUCGGAACGCCCUUUAUUCGGUGGCGCAAUAGUUAGCACAUUCCCUCGGAGGUUCCAGGAUUUGAGUGACAUUCGUCAAGUCCCUGAUCAUCAGGAAGCGUUUGUGGAUCCUACACGAGAUGAAAGCCUUGUUUUCGAGCUCUUAGAUUUGAAGCAAGAUGUGGCUGAUGAUGGGAGUGCUGUUUGGUUUCUUCAGGACCUUGCCACAGAACAAGAUGCUGAAGGAUUCACGGUGAUUGAGCAGUCGGGAGUGGUUGAGGCCGGUGGAUUGUGUUAUAGAAACAUGGCAGCAGUUGUUACAACUGCAGUUGGCCAAAUGGCCAUUUCUAAGGGACGGCAAGGAAGGGAGGCACAGAAUAUCGUGAGGGUGCAUUUGGCAAAUUUAAGACUCAAGGAAGUUGGUACAGAUGUGCUAAUUACUGCAUAUGAGCCAAUCUUAAUAAACCCUUUUAGUGACAGUGCUGGUACAGUUGGUGCUGGUUUACCUGUUCCUGCUGAGCAAUCUGGACAUAUGCCAAUGACUGAGGUUUUUAAAAUGGCAGUCUCUAGCUUCAAAGUGAAUGACUGGAGCCUUUUGGUGCAGCUUGAGAAGGCAUUAAAAGGACAGCUAUAAUUGCAAACAAGAAGCCCCACUGUUUUAAAGCAAUGUUCAGAUGUAUGCCCCACUGUAAUCUUGAAUAUAUUUAGUUCUCUUCAAGUAAAUGUUUGGAUUUUCUAAAGCUUCUUUUUGGAAGGGUUUUCAUUUCAUACAUGUCUGUAUUCUGUUUCUGCUUUGCUCACUUGAUGUAAACAUUUGUUCCUUAUUGUUCUGUUAAGUUUGUAAAAUUUGUUAGCUUUCCAUCA